GCCGAUCUUUGAACGGAAGGAGGCUGACCGGCCGGCAGAAGGAAGAUGGCAGACGAUGGGGCUACUUCCCGACACACACCAAUCUCACGGCUGGCGAUCAUGUCCCGAGGCCAUGGGCUCGAGGACGACAGCAGUAGCGACAGCGACAACAACAACAGCAACAGCAACGACGACCACCACGGACUCACCAAGGGCAGCGACGAGCUGCAGCUGGCGCUGGCACCCGCCGAGCCAGCAACGAGCGACGACGCUCGGCCACCGCGCAACCGCUCACUCCGUAGCAAGCUUGCGACGGCCCUCGCCGAGAUUGAAGAGCAGAGGUAUCUUCUCGAGGCCGCGGCCGCCAACGGCCAGCUUCUCGUCGAAAAGUACUUUGUGCUGGAGAAGGAGCGCGAUGCGCUGGCCGCGCGCUGUGGCCACUUGGUGCGAACGGCGUCGCUUGACUCGGAUGUACCGCACCACCAACCGCGAGCCGUACAAAAGUGCAUCGACCUCGAACAGCGGCUGCACGCGAUCGAGCGGGAGAAAGCCACAUGCGACGACGCGAUCGCCAAGCAGGACCACGAGAUCCUCUUUUGGCGCAACAAAGCUAUGGCGUGUCUGAAGGACCACGCUAAUCUCAAGGAAGCGUACAUGCAUCUCGAACGCGAGCACGAGACGAACCUCAGUGCCAAGAUCCACCUAAGUCACGCGACCAAGAAGCUCCAGCUCGAGCGCGACGAGUGCGCCAUUCAAGUGCGCGACUUGACCGUGCGCGUGGCCGACCUCGCGGAGCGCGAGGGCCGCUGGGUCAUGGCGAACGAUAUCAAGCAACAGAAGAUCCAGCGCCUCGAAGCCAUCGUGGCGGACCUCGAGGCCGCGCACGCCUCGUCGGAAGCUGCUCGCACGGUGCUGGUGACGCGAUUGCAGGCAGCCGAGCAAGACGCGAGCUUCAUGCAGUGCACGAUGAACGGCCUCAAGAUGUCGCUGGCGGCGCUCGAGCAAGAGUACUACAUAUUGCUCGAGAAGACGACGCUCGCCGCGCCCAACAAGGAGUCGGAGCACCCGACUGAGAUGACGCCGCUCUUGCCGCGCAAGAAGACACCCCUCGCGCCGCGCAAGUCGUGUUCGCCGAUCGCAUGGAUCUGGGACACUGUGUGUGGCGCGAUCAGCUCGCUCGUUUCGGACAUUGUCCGCUUUGCGUCGCGGUCGUUCCACGCGAUUCGCGACUAGACUACUUCGGUUAGGAAUAGUGGAUUUGCUGUAUAUAUAAAACAUCCGCUUGUGUAGUACUUGUAUAUAGGCUGUGUUAGU